AUGGAAAUUAUAAAAUUAAAUGAAUUCCUUGGAAUCUUUUUGGAAUGCGAAAAAGAAACUUGUGACGGAGGAAAAUGGACAAUUGAAUGUGAAUAUGAAUUGAAAUUGAUUUCUGCAAGCGGGAAACUUCAUUCAAUACAGAACAAAGCUGUUUUUGGAAUUGGAAUUGCAUCGAACUAUGGAAAAAGAGCAUUUAUUAGUUGGAAUGAUAUGGAGAAGGAUUAUGUGACCAAUGAUAGUAUCGAUGUGGAAAUUCGUGUGAAAAUAAUCAAUAUCACUGAAUUGCCAUGCACGGAGAAAACAUUUGUACUAUCCCAUACUGUCAAGAACAUGUCAAGUAUUAAAGAAGGAGAGGAAUACUUCUCGGACAUUCAAACUCGCUUCAACAUUCCAUGGUAUUUGCAAGUUAAAAGACGAGAUGGAUUCAAUGGACUAUUUCUUCAUUGUUCAAAACAUCUAGAUGAGUUCAGAAAUUGGUCAAUUAAAACUGAAUAUCAAUUCAAAUUAGUGUCAACUAAUGGAAGAAAUGUCGCGUUCUAUGGCGAAAAGGUGUUUGAAAAACCAGUGGGCAGCGGAUGGGGUAAACUCAUGAGAUGGGAAAACUGGUCAAGCAGAUGCAACGAUAAUUUCGUUUUUGAAGCGAAUGUGAGGAUUCUUGACACGACUGGAAUUGAGGACAAGAAUGAUGUUGAUAGGUUCUCUGGAUUUGCGAUUCCAGUGGGGGAUCAGGAAUAUUCAUUGGAGAAGUGGCUGGAAAUGGCCUUUGAUCAUUGA